AUGAGAAAGAAAGUUUAUUCGUGCACACUGAAGGAGGAGACUUUUACGACCCUGGUUCAACAAACUUUGAAUCGAUGGCACGUACCUGGAAUGGCUAUCGCCGUGGUGGAUGGUGACCACACCUGGGCAGAAGGGUAUGGACUCGCAGUUAUGCCUUCCACACCAGUCACCCCCUCAACUCUAUUCUACGCGGGCAGUACGACCAAAGCUUUUACCGCCGCUAUGCUAGCCAAACUGACGGAAGACCCCGUGACGAAAGUCCGCUGGGAUACGCCCAUCUGCCAACUCAUCCCCGGGGACUUUGUUUUGCAAGAUAAAUGCGCCGGAGACCAGAUUACCGUGGAAGAUGCCCUGUCACAUCGGACCGGACUCCCGUCUCACGACCACGCUAGCUCUCGCACCAGCGUCCGCGAGAACGUUCACCAGCUCGCUCAUCUUCCGCUCACAGCCAAGAUCCGUACCAAGUUUCAAUACAACAAUCUCAUGUACGUGACGGCCUCGCAUAUUAUCGAGACCGUGACGGGCCGCUGGCUAGGCGACUGCCUGGCUCGCUCCUUCUGGGAGCCACUGGGAAUGGCGAACACUUACUUCUCUUUGAAUGAUGCGCAAUCUGCCCCCGUUACACUUGCCGAGGGCUACUACUACUCCGGCUAUGGUGGUGACCCCAUCAAUGAUGACAGCUACCGCAAAGUAGACUGGAUGACAUUGGAGGAGGUCUCCGGCGCAGGGUCGGUCAUCACCAAUGUCCUCGACUAUGCCAAGUGGGUGCGCGCUUUCCUCCGCCCGCAGACGUUCGUCGAGAAAAACAUCUUCCGCAACUCAGAGACCGCACAUCAAUUAUGGCAGCCGCGGACCCUGAUACCUGGACAGGAUCUCCCCUUCACGGGUCCCAGGGCGUAUGCACUUGGCUGGAAUACUACAGUCUACCGAGGUGCUCAGAUCUUUGAGCAUACUGGCGGCAUGAAUGCAUUCGGCGCACGACUCCUUCUGGUCCCUGAACUCCAGUUUGCCGUUAUCACUCUGGCAAAUACAUCACAGACCUCCAAUUGUGCCGCCCAGCUACUCGCGUUUCAUCUUCUUGACGAGCGGCUCGGGGUCCCCGGGCCGCAAAGAUUCGAUUGGGAUCAAAAGAACUGGUCACUGAUUCAGCAAGAAAAAAAGCGAGUGGCGGAUAAAAUCAAUUAUCGUCCAUCAAUUAUUCUUCCGCUCACUUUACCAUUGAAGGAGUAUGCCGGCACGUAUUUUAACCCCGGCUACCAGGAUAUCACCGUAUAUUUGGACUGCGAAGGUAUUUUGCAUGCUGACCGGAAGAAUAUGACCUGGCCAGAGAAGAUCACAUUCCAACAUGUGUCUGGGGAGCAUUUCUUGAUGGUUUCGGCGCAUAACGAGGAUUUUGGGGCUUUUUGCCCCGAGGUCUACGAUGCUGAAUUUCGACUUAGCGUUCAAGGGAAGCCUUGGACAUUGGGAAUUGCCUGGGAGAGAGCAAUGGGAGGUGAAAAGAUAUGGUUCGAGAAAAUUUAG